AUGCAGGCUUCCUGCAUGGGGAGCCGUUCUCGGCCCAGUGUAGCUAAGGAAACCAUGGAACCAAUUGAUGAGGAAACAGAGAGUCCUAGCAGGGCAGCACAACUGAAAUGCCCGGAUGGAAACUCGGGUGAAAUGCGCCUCAACCGGAUCCCAAAUUUUCAUUGCAAGAGUCUUCCUUCAAGACGCCGCGAGGAAAACCCAGAAGAUAGCAUCAUGCAUAGUCGUGGUUCUAUGUACCAGAGCUCCAGUGAUGUCAGUAGACUAAGGAAACUCCAAGAGGGGAGGAGGAAAUUAGGCUCUAUAUAUGAAAGAGAUGCGUUUAUGUCAUUUGGGACUGUCGAUUCGUCCUCUCAGCCUAGCACAAGUGGAGCUUACUUGGUUGCGCAACGGAGCAGUUCAUGCAAGUCGAGGUCUUCUAUGAACAUAACUCGUGGAUUUAAUCAAGAUGCCAGGGAGCUUCUGGAUAUUUCAUCGCGUGAGGUUCCCAGUGACAACUUGAGGCUUGGAAGGCCACGCAAGGACUGCAAUUUGUUAAAAGAUGAUGUAAGAGACAGUUUCCCGGGGUUAUCGCUCGAAGAAGACAAUGCCACGUGUCCUGCCGCAAAUGCUGCUCCUCAUUUGCUAGAAAGCAGCAGCAGCAAAGGUGCAAUGUCAAAUUGCCAACCCCCUGUUGGUCUUCAUCCUGAUAGGAGUAACCAUGGCAGAAUAGAUUCGGUGAGUAAUCUCCCCAAGUCCUUGUCAGCUAAGGUGGGUGUUUUUGAUGCUACAUGUCCAUCAGAAAGUGUUCAUGGUGUUGAUGGCAAGAAAAAAGCUCGAUCUAGUGCAUUUAAGAAAAUUUUGGAUCCUUUCAUGAAGUCCAAAUCUCUGAGGAAUCCCUCCCACAUGGUAAUGGAAGAUGCAAAAUGUGGUAAUCCACCAGUUAGAGGAAAAGAUAGUGCACUGCGCAAAUCUUUGUUGAGUGGUAUCUCAAGAUCUGAACAAACCCCCACAUCUAAAUGCCAGACAAGUGGGGAAGCCUGGCCUAUGACAGUUACUUCAUCGCCGACUCACUUGCAUGCUGUUCUUAAACUGGAUCCUGACAAUGGUGCUUUUGGCUUUGAGUUCUGUACCAAGGGUCCAGAAGAAUCCAUUUACGCUAACACUUGGAAAUCCGGAAACGAACUGAAUUGGAUUUACACUUUCCAUAGUGUUGGCAAACGAUCAAGUACCGUGGGAAGGACCUCCAAGGAUAGGCAUGGGUGGCUGCCUCCAAUUGUUGGCCAGAUGCAUGUGUCUUCCUAUCUGUAUUCUGAAGUUGAAGAAGAUGGUAUUUUAAAUAACUCAGCCACAAGCGAGUUUGUUUUGUAUGACAUUGCUCAUGCACGACGGAGCUCUGCUGUUGAUAGAGUUCAGUGUACCGAUUCCACUCAACCACCAUUCUGCAAUGUUGUUAAGAAUUCAAUCUCUAGGGAGUCUCUGGAGAGAAAUAAUCAGAUGGAGCGGCAAAAUACUGCAAGGAAUAACUCAGAUGCAUCGGUAUCUUGUCUUUGGUCCCAAGAAGAUCUUCAUCCUCAUUUGGAGGUUGCAGCUGUUGUAGUCCAAGUGCCAUUUCAUAAAACCCGGUCCCAAGAAUUGAAAGCUGGAUCAUCACCUGGUACAGUCAAAGUGGUUACAGCAGGCGGAGCACACGGGUUACCAAGGGAUGAGGAGACCAGUCCAUCACCGUUACUUAACCGUCUAAAAAGCGGGGGAAGGUGUGACUGCGGUGGAUGGGACAUGUCUUGCCCAAUUGUUGUCCUUGAAAAUGCCUAUGAUAGUUCUUGGGUCGAUUCUGUGAUGAAUGAAAGCAAGCAUCCCAUGGAGCUAUUUGUUAAGGGCAACCAAGAAGUUCUCCCUGCCCUUUCCAUGAAAGUCAAUGGGAAAGGAGAUUUCUCAGUGGAUUUCCAUGCACGAUUGUCGGCGCUGCAGGCAUUCUCAGUCUGCAUAUCUUUGCUUCACUGUUCUGAAGCUUCUCCAGCCAUUGGUAUAGAGAAAUUCAAGCACAAGCUGUAUUCCAGUUCAAUGAAAAUGCUCCUCAAAGAAGAAGUGAAGCAGUUAAUAGGAUCAGUAACAGGGAAAGAGAAAAAGAAAGUGAAGAGGAGGAAGGGAAAAACUCCGGUGGUCAACGGCCCUCCCUUCUCACCCAUGGGCAGAGUAUAG